AUGAAAGCUGGCGACAUUGAAAAACAGACAUUCUCCAAAGAUAACUCCCUCGAGCCAAUUGUGUCGGAGCUCAAGACCUUUUCUUCCGAUGAGGAAAACGACAAAGGCUUUCUUACCAACUUUGUCGACUCCUUCAGAGAGGACACAGAGAAUAAAACUCUUGAUCACAAGAAAUUGAAGAUGUCGCAUCUCUGUGUGAUUGCCCUCAGUUCUGGGCUCGGAACAGGUCUCUUGGUCGGCUCAGCGACAAAGUUGAAGCUGGGAGGCCCGCUUUCCAUCCUUAUUGCAUACAUCAUCGUGGGCGCUAUGGCCAUUUGCACAAUGAACUCGGUCGGUGAAUUGACCGUUGCAUACUCAAACUUGCAAGGUGGGUUCAACGAAUGGUAUCAGAAGUUCUUGGACCCUUCGAUUGCAUUUGCUCUUGGCUGGAACUAUUGGUUCCAGUGGAUCACCACCAUCUCGCUAGAGUUGGUCACUGCAGCAUUGACCAUUAAAUUUUGGAACAGCACCAUCAACCCAGAUAUCUUUGUCAUGGUGUUUUUUAUUCUCAUCUGUCUCAUCAACCUCUUCGGUGUCAAGGGUUACGGUGAGGCCGAAUUCGUCAUGAACUCCAUCAAGCUUCUAAUGUUGACCGGUUUCUUCCUCAUGGGUCUCUGUGUGGACUUGGGUGCCUCCGAAGAAGGUUUCAUUGGUGGAAAGUACUGGAGAGACCCAGGCGCCAUCACCAACUUCAAGGGUUUGGUGACCUGUUUCUCCACUGCAUCUUUCUCGAUGGGUGGUACCGAGUUUUUGGCGCUUUCUGUGUCUGAGGUGAAGAACCCUCGUACCGCUUUGCCCACGGCCAUCAGAUUGGUGUUUGUUCGUAUCAUCUUCUUUUACCUUGGUACAUUGACCAUGGUGGGACUCUUGGUGCCUUACACUUCCGACAGACUCAUGGGUACCAACACACAGAGUGCCAACGAUGCCUCGCCGUAUGUGCUUGCUGCCGACAUUCACGGCGUCAAAGUGGUACCUCAUAUCGUCAACGCUGUCAUUCUCAACUCUGUCACUUCGGUGGCCACUGCCGCCAUGUACUCGUCCUCAAGAUUGUUGCGUUCUUUGGCCCAGCAAGGUUUAGCACCCAGAUGGUUUGACUACACAGACAGAGCAGGCAGACCUUUGAGAGCGUGGGGCGUGAGUAUUUUGGCCGGGAUCUUUGCAUUCAUUGCCGACUACGAAAAACAAGCAACGGUUUUUGACUGGUUGAUGUCCAUUGUUGCCUUGUCCAUCGUGUUUAUCUGGCCUGCUCUUUGCAUCUGCCACUUGAGAUGGAGAGCUUGUCUUAGAUAUAACAACAUCCCCUUGGAAACCUUGGGGUUCGUGUCUUACACCGGAGAGUGGGGUUCGUGGCUCUCUGUCACUGUGAACUCUCUUGUGUUGAUUGGCCAAUUCUGGGUGGCUCUUUUCCCUACAGACAAGGCUGAUGUGGCCAACUUCUUCCAGAACUACGCUGGAGUUCCUUUCCUUUUGGUUUGUUUCUUUGGCCACAAGAUCUUUGCCGGCAACUGGAAGAGAUGGUGGCACAGAAUCGAGGACAUCGACAUCAACGCCGGUAGAACGAUUUACGACAAGGAGCAGUUGGAGUUGGACAAGGAGCAGUUGGAGUUGGACAAGGAGGAGCUCAAACAGAGAAUUGCUGCUGCUCCGUUCUGGAAAAAACCAUUUGUGUGGUUCUUCAAUUCCAGCUAA